CUUCAAGUGAGCGGGGUUCGGAUAUAAGCUUCUUAUCUUCUAUCCGCACAAGACCAUCGGGGUUUGCUUCGGUGACUGCGGUAUCAUGGAUCUAUGUUCCGUCCGUUGAAAAGGAGCUGGUACCCCCCAUGCUCUUCAGUCAGACAUCAAUCUUGCUAUUCAAUCAAUUGCAAAACUACCCAAUAUGGCCCCUGUUUGCGUCGGCACAGUACAAGCCGAACCGGUUUUCCUCGACUUGGACGGUUCCAUCAACAAGACUAUAGACAUAAUCCGGCAGGCUGCCGCGAAAGGCGUGCAAGUCCUAGCCUUUCCCGAGGUUUGGAUCGGCGGGUAUCCCUGGCCAAUCUGGGCAAAAAAUGCAUUCGAAUCCUCCGAAUUCUGUGCGAAGUACAUUGCACACUCUCUCCCCAGAGAUUCCGCACAUAUGCGUCGCAUCCAAGCCGCCUGUAAGGAGUAUUCGAUAUUUGUGGUCCUAGGCUACAGCGAGAAAGACGACGGAAGUGGAAGCAUCUAUAUCUCGCAGGCCUUCAUUAGCUCUACUGGUGAGAUCGUCCAUAAUCGCCGCAAGAUCAAGCCCACGUAUGUCGAGCGCUGUUUGUGGGGUGACGGGCAGGGCGACUCACUCAAGUGUGUGGUCGAUUCGCCCUUUGGAAGAAUCGGCGCUCUGAACUGCUGGGAGAACUUACAGCCCCUGUUGCGGUACUAUGAAUAUUCACAGGGCGUCCAGAUACAUGUCGCAGGUUGGCCGUCUGCCCCAUCGCUUGAGAAGCUUGAAGUCCCCUACCCGUACGGGUGUACGAGCGAGGCUUGCCUGCGGAUCAGUCAGAUGGUGGCGCUAGAGGGCCAAACAUUUGUACUCUGUUCCACGGCGAUUCUGCGUAAAGAGAAGCACGAGAUGAUGGGACUUAAGGAUAAGGGAAUCUUCCAUGAGGAUGAUGGUGGUGUGGCCAUGAUCUUUGGCCCCGAUGGCCGACCGUUGGUCGAGCCCUUACCGCGUGGAGAAGAAGGGAUCUUGACAGCUGAGGUCGACUUGGAGAUGAUCUAUAUGGCGAAGAGUUUGUGCGACCCUGUUGGACAUUACUCUCGUCCAGAUCUGCUAAGCCUCAGGGUGAACUCGGUGAAGGCCGAGGUAGUGCACCAUGUCUGAACAAAUUACGGGAUAAUUUGUGGACAGAUUCGGUAGCAUAGCGAUAUGAUUGAGGUAGGAU